AGUUUAAUAUACCAUAAGGAGUAGCAAGCAUCAAAAGUUUAAAAAAAAGAAGUUUGAUCGUAAUACAAAUGAUAUGACAAUUAUUAAUAAUAGGAAAACCUAUUGUUUGAUAAAGUUUCUUUGUAUGAAAGUACAUUACUGUAUCUUUCUUUAUCAGUUAUACCCGAAUUAUGUAGUAUUGCAAUUUUCUGUAUUUUGGUUUUUUGCUAUUGGCGAGUAUAUAGUAGAAAGUGAGUAGGUUUAUUUAUAAUAGGCAUUUUUUCUUUCAAUUUGAAUAACUGUACUGUACGUCGUUUUUUUUGUGACGGAGGCGUG